AUGUGAUGGACUAGCCGGAGGUCGCUCUGGUGCUUGGAGUGUCGGUGUUGGGGCUCGGGCGACCCGCUGGACCAUGGCUGCCAAAGACGACCUGUACAGUAAGAUCCUCCCGCGGAGGCUCCGGCAGAACCGACCGGGCUCAGUGAAAUGCAAUUCCAACCUUGACGUGCUGUUGUCCAUGGGCUUCCCCAGACCAAGGGCACUGAAAGCUCUGGUAUCAACAGGAGGCCGGAGUGUGCAAGCAGCAUGUGACUGGCUGUUUUCCCAUGUGGACGACCCGUUCCUGGAUGACCCACUGCCCAGGGAGUUCGUCCUCUACCUGCGGCCCAGUGGACCACUACAGAACCAGCUCUCCCACUUCUGGCAGCAGAGUCGAGUCACUUGUGGCAAAAACAAAGCCCACAACAUUUUCCCUCAUAUCACUCUCUGCCAGUUCUUCAUGUGUGCAGACCACAAAGCAGAAGCUCUAUGUGAGGCCCUCCAGGCCACCGUACAGCAGUGGCGAGGUCGUUUUCCGAGCCCGCUUCCUCUAGAACUGUACACAUCCUCCAACUUCAUUGGUCUCUUUGUGGAGGAGCAGGUGGCCGACAUCCUCAAGCAGUUUGCGGCUGACUUUGCCACAGAGGCUACAAGGAAAACAGAAGUUCAUGUGGAGCCUCACAAGAAGCAGCUCCAUGUGACUCUGGCCUACAACUUCCCCACUGACCACCUCGCCUCACUGGAGAAACUGGCUAAAGGCAUCGAAGUCAAGCUUGGCUGUGAUUGGCUGGCUGUCUUGUUCUCCCGGGACAUUCGUUUUGCUAACCAUGAGACGCUGCGGGUUAUGUACCCCUACAUGCCUCAGAAUGAGGAUGAGCUGGAGCUGGUUCCCGGGGAUUUUGUCUUCAUGUCUCCAGUGGACCAGAUUAGCACCAGUGAGGGCUGGGUGUACGGGACCUCACUUGCCACCGGGCUUUCUGGCCUGCUGCCAGAAAACUACAUCAGCUUGGCUGAUGAAUCCGACACUUGGGUCUUUCAUGGCUCCCAUUCCUUCUUCAGUUGUGGGCCCAGUGACAAGAGCAGUAAGGAGAGAGGGAUGUUUGAUGGACUGCUGGACAGCCGACGCCCUGAUAACACGAGUCCUGGAGACACGCCCACCCUUAGUCUCAUUUGCCAUCCAAUGCAGGUCCUGCGGAUCAGCAGUGGUCAUUCUCGGCAGUCCAAGCGCACACUUUUUGUCUGCCGGCACGGUGAGAGGAUGGAUGUGGUCUUUGGCAAACACUGGCUCUCCCUCUGCUCAGACAGUAAAGGUAGAUAUGUACGUUCCAAUCUGAACAUGCCUCCCAGUUUGCCUCUGUGGGGGGGGCAGAGAGACUAUGACAUGGACACUCCUCUCACUGUGUUUGGAUCCACACAGGCUCAACUAGUGGGUGAGGCCCUACUAGAGAGCAACACAGUGAUAGACUUUGUGUACUGUUCUCCCUCUCUGCGAUGUGUUCAGACUGCACAGAACAUCCUGAAAGGUCUGCAGCAGGACGGUAAAGUGAAGGUGAGAGUGGAACCAGGGCUUUUUGAAUGGACCAAGUGGGUUUCUGGGAACUCCCUGCCUGCAUGGGUACCCCCGGCUGACCUGGCUGCUGCCAACUUCAGUGUGGACACAUUGUACAGACCCUUGAUCCCAGUCAGCAAGCUAACUGUGUCUGAGUCGUAUGAGAACUACAUGAGUCGAAGCUACCAAGUGACCAAAGAUAUCCUGUCGGAUUGUAAAAACACUGGAAACAACGUGCUGAUUGUAGCCCACGCAUCUUCCUUAGAGGCCUGCACCCGCCAGCUGCAGGGCCGCAGCCCACAGAGCGCCAAGGACUUCAUCCAAGUCGUUCGAAAGAUCCCCUACCUGGGCUUCUGCUCCAGUGAGGAGCAGGGGGACACAGGGGUGUGGCAGUUAGUGGACCCUCCCAUCCUGCCGCUCACACAUGGACCAAACCAUACUUUUGACUGGAGGGAGACACUUCUGCAAGAUUGAUGUCUUCCUGACAAGUUCCCCCCAACAUACCCCACCCAACCCGCUCAUACUGUACUCCCACAGGAUGCGGUAACAAGUUCGAACCAUUGGAACAUUUCUCUUUUUUGCCUCGGUCAUGCAGCUGCUGGUGUCGUAGCUGUGACAGCUGAAGGAGCUUCCUGCCUGAAGAUGAGCCCAUGGUGAACUGACUGGUUCCACAGGGAUUUAACACAUGUAAAUGCCCCCAAAUUAUACAAAAAAAUGCCAGUGCAGGAAGUUAUAUGCAUUGUGUGGAAGAGCACUCAUGGCAAUUCAGUUAAAUCAUCAGUCUCAGGAAAUGUUGUGAAAUUAGGAUAAACUCUGCCUCUGUGCAUGAUUAGCUCCACAAAAAGAAAUGGAAUUAACAUGAUAAGAACAAUUGAUGUAAUCCCAUUCAAAGCCAGUGCUCAAUAUGACAGUUUGGGUAUUUUUUCUUAGCUCUCUGAAGACUCAGGAUUUCUAUUUUGUUAAGUUUAUUUUUGCAGAAAUGUUUUCAUAUUCCACUGAGCCAAAUUAGUUUAGUUCCCUAAAUGUAAACAACCUUGAAGAUAAGAAGCUCUGAAAUCAGUUUACUCUGGCUUGGUUUACUUUUCGAAAAACCAUUUGUUUAACAUUUGCUGUGUCUGUCGUCUCUCUGGUUUACUCAUUCACUUAAGUGGGACGUAGACAGGUGCAUGUGUUACACAACUGCAAUUUUGCAUUUUAGAGGUAUAAGCAACAAGCAGUGCUUGUUAGUACAAUAGUGUCCAGUUGUACAUUAGGGGUCACUUUAGCUUAUUAACAUUUAAUCUUGUUGAAGCUAGCAUAUUGGAAUGCCAAAUUCGUUCGAACUUCAUUUUGGAAAAACUGAAAGCCCCAGUCUCAUGUCAUAAUGUGAACAUGAAAAUGUUGCUUGUUAACUUGUUAAUAUUAGCACAGCUCAGCUUUUACCUGAGAGCAACUUAAACUUUUUUUCACAGCUUAACAGCAUAGCUCCACUUAUGUCAACCAUUUAAAAACAACCUUGUUUGACUAGUUAGUUAUAAGCACUACAUCCUCAGGGGGUGCUAGAGUGGCCACAGAGCUUUAGGCAGUUGAAGGUUGUAGGGAUGUCGCGAUUACACGUUUUUGCGAUAUCCACGGUUUCAUCAGUUAGAAUUGUAAAAACUACGAUAUCUAAGUAUUGUGUCCUGCCUCUCGCGACAUGCGCGAGCCACUGAAACGUUAGUUUAGAAGAAGGAACUGACUUAACAGCCUUAUUUCCAACAACGCUGGACAAAAACUCAAUCGGAGGAGAUCACAGUGAGGAGGAGAAAUCCUUGUUUACUUACGGUUACUGAACAACUCGGAAGGAGGGGCCGACACACCCUCUCUUUCUGGCGCCCUCUCUCUCUCUCUCUCUAUUCACCAUUAUAAAUGUAAGAACAUGAAGAAUGUGACUUGAACCAGGACAAUAUGCCUGUUUGCUUUUUCACAACUAGCUAAAACAACUUUCGUCGGUGACCCUUCACAAUAUAAGUCCCACACAGAUAAACUGCUAAUGAUAACCGGCAACACAAGUUCACUGACCAGCCUUUCACAAUAAGGCAACUAAAUGAAAUAGCUUACAUGAAUAACUUUAAUAUAGCCAAUCGUUACACUAUAUAAUAUAACUGGAUAUUGUUCAUGAUAAUAAAAAACAACAUUCAAAAUGUCAUAUUGUGACAUUAUUGUGGACAUCCGUGCAAAUUUAAUCAGACUAUUGAGUUUUAAAUAUUUAAAAAAAAUUAUAAAAGUUCUGCUUCCCUGCACGGAUCGCAGUUUCAACACAAUGUACAUGAGAACACGUGCACAUGGGUUGAACCACAGGGCUCCUGACCAGAAUGAAAGUAGAUAAUAACAUAAUAGCUCUGGCUUAAUGUGGCCCCUCAUGUUGUCUCUAUGAUGGUGCCACAUGUAGCACAUACAGUUCUGUGUCCUCUACCAGUCAUGUAGUGUAUUUAAAACUCAAAUAUAUCAGCACAGCCUGCACUAUUGACAAUCAUACAGUAGCUUAUUGAUUCUGGUCCAGCAACAUUUCGAGUCUGUGUUUGUUUGUCUGUAGUUCAGGGGUUCAGAGUAGCUGUAAAUAAUAUUUUUUGGGAAAAGAAAAGAAGUCUUCAGAUUUUAUUUCUAUUUAUUUAUAAACAUUUUUUCCAGAUGUUAGAGGAAUAAAUGUGAAACUAAAUUUUGUUGGGGGGGGGGGGGUCAUCGCUUUUAACAGCAUGCAAGAUAUUAUCUCAGGUGUUGACUGCAUUUAAGACAAAGUGUAUAUAUGCAGCUCUGAAAACUGUUGCAUAAAUGGAGUGACUGUGUUGUUGUGAGUAAACUCUUUAAAUUAAAGUGAUGUCUCCUGAUGUACGGACUGCCCACACAUAGCUACUGAGGAAUUUGUGAUCUCAGUCUGCGGCAAACAGAAAGUGUUGCCUUUGAUGAUUUUUGACCCCGCGUGAUACAUGUAGCUUAUCAACAGAUCAUUAAAGUUGGCUGUUUUGAAUUUA